AUGCCAAGCUAUGUUCCGGAAGAGAUCUCGGCUGCAGGAGUUGCAGACGUCGUCCGGAGGUUUGUGGAGGCAGCUGUGGUGUGCAAAGAGGUCGGGUUCACAGGAGUGCAGAUACACGCAGCCCACGGCUACCUGCUCUCCAGCUUUCUGAACCCUUUGGCAAACAGGCGCGCGGACCGAUAUGGCGGAUCCACCGCAUCUCGGUCUACGCUGCUGCUUGAAGUGGUGCAAGCCACGCGCGCGGCCGUGGGAGGGUCCUUUCCGAUCUCGGUGAAGCUCAACUCAUCCGAGUUUUGGCUGCUUUGCCACGGGGGUUUCCGGAAAUAG